AAAAUGGAAGGAACAAAUAUGACUCUUGUGCUACAGUUUAUUCUCCUCGGAUUUUCUGAUCUUCCCAACUUACAAGGAUUUCUCUUUGGAAUUUUCUUACUCCUCUAUUUGGGUAUCCUUUUAGGAAAUGGUCUUAUCAUUAUAAUAACCAAAAUAGAUCCAUCUCUCCAAACACCUAUGUAUUAUUUCCUUGGAAAUUUUUCUUUCUUAGAAAUAUGUUAUGCAUCAGUCACUGUUCCCAGAAUGCUGACAGACCUCUGGACCCACAAUGGGAAUAUUUCUCUGUGGGCCUGUGCUACACAGCUUUGCCUUUUUCUUAUUCUAGGAGUCACAGAAUGUUUCCUUCUGGCUGUGAUGGCAUACGAUCGUUAUGUGGCCAUUUGUAAGCCUCUGUAUUAUUUUCUCAUCAUGAAACAUCAUGUUUGUGUUGGACUUGUGAUUGGUUCUUGGAUUCUUGGAAUCCCAGUUGUGAUAGGACAGACAUAUCAGAUUUUCUCUAUGCCCUUCUGUGGUUCUAGAAAACUUAAUCAUAUUUUUUGUGAUAUUUACCCAGUCCUUCAAGUGGCUUGUGGAGACACAUCCAUGAAUGAAUUUUCUGUAUAUGCUGACAUUGUACUUUUUGCUUCGAUUCCCUUCAUAUUAAUACUGAAUUCCUAUAUUAGAAUCAUCAUUACUAUCAUGAAGUUACCAUCAGCCACAGGAAGAUCUAAAGCUUUUUCAACGUGCUCCUCCCACCUCAUUGUUGUCAGUCUAUUUUUUGUGACUGCAGUCAUGGCACAUUUACAAAUAAAGACCACCCAUUCAGCAGCAACUGAUAGGAUUCUCUCUCUUUUGUAUACAACUAUGACUCCAUUAUUUAACCCCAUUAUAUACAGUCUGAGAAACAAGGAUGUCAUUGUUGCAUUAAGAAAAUUAUUGCCUAUAUAA